GCGAGGGGGCGGGAACUAGCACGGCGACUUCCCUUCUGUACCAAGAUGGCUGCCACAUCGGCGCUGUCAUUUUGGUGCAGAGCAGCGAGAAGCGCUUAAUUCGACCCGGUUCAGGCCAGAGUCUUUUUCUCUAGGGCUGCUUCGUGCUCGGCUGGCCCCGCAAUCAACCCUUGGGGACCUCUGAUACCUCUUCGGCAUCCCGACACUCAGCCCGGAGUCAUGUCUUGGGCCGCUCGCCCGCCCUUCCUCCCCCAGCGGCAUGCCGCAGGGCAGUGUGGGCCGGUGGGGGUGCGAAAAGAAAUGCAUUGUGGGGUCGCGUCCCGGUGGCGGCGGCGACGGCCCUGGCUGGAUCCUGCGGCGGCGGCGGCGGCGGCGGCAGCCGGAGAACAACAAACCCCGGAGCCGGAGCCGGGGGAGACUGGACGGGACGGGAUGGGCGACAGCGGGCGGGACUCCCGAAGCCCAGACAGUUCCUCCCCAAAUCCUCUUUCCCAGGGGGCCCCUCCCCAUUCUCCUCCUGGGCCACCUCUACCCCCUUCAGCAGCCCCUUCCCUUGGAGGCUCUGGGGCCCCACCCCCACCCCCGAUGCCACCCCCUCCCCUGGGCUCCCCCUUCCCUGUCAUCAGCUCUUCCAUGGGCUCCCCUGGCCUGCCCCCUCCAGCUCCCCCAGGAUUCUCCGGGCCUGUCAGCAGUCCCCAGAUUAACUCAACAGUGUCGCUCCCUGGGGGUGGGUCUGGCCCCCCUGAAGAUGUGAAGCCACCAGUCUUAGGGGUCCGGGGCCUGCACUGUCCACCCCCUCCAGGUGGCCCUGGGGCUGGCAAACGGCUAUGUGCAAUCUGCGGGGACCGAAGCUCAGGCAAACACUAUGGCGUUUACAGUUGCGAGGGCUGCAAAGGUUUCUUCAAGCGCACCAUUCGCAAGGACCUGACCUACUCGUGCCGGGACAACAAGGACUGCACAGUGGACAAGCGCCAGCGGAACCGCUGUCAGUACUGCCGCUAUCAGAAGUGCUUGGCCACUGGCAUGAAGAGGGAAGCGGUACAGGAGGAGCGUCAACGGGGGAAGGACAAGGACGGGGAUGGGGAGGGGGCUGGGGGAGCCCCCGAGGAGAUGCCUGUGGACAGGAUCCUGGAGGCAGAGCUUGCUGUGGAGCAGAAGAGUGACCAGGGCGUUGAGGGUCCUGGGGGAACCGGGGGUAGCGGCAGCAGCCCAAACGACCCUGUGACUAACAUCUGUCAGGCAGCUGACAAACAGCUAUUCACGCUUGUUGAGUGGGCGAAGAGGAUCCCACACUUUUCCUCCUUGCCUCUGGAUGACCAGGUCAUAUUGCUACGGGCAGGCUGGAAUGAGCUCCUCAUUGCCUCCUUCUCCCAUCGAUCCAUUGAUGUCCGAGAUGGCAUCCUCCUCGCCACAGGUCUUCACGUGCACCGCAACUCAGCCCAUUCUGCAGGCGUGGGAGCCAUCUUUGAUCGGUCCCUCUCCAGGGUGCUGACAGAGCUAGUGUCCAAAAUGCGUGACAUGAGGAUGGACAAGACAGAGCUUGGCUGCCUGAGGGCAAUCAUUCUGUUCAAUCCAGACGCCAAGGGCCUCUCCAACCCCAGUGAGGUGGAGGUCCUGCGGGAGAAAGUGUACGCAUCACUGGAGACCUAUUGCAAACAGAAGUACCCUGAGCAGCAGGGACGGUUUGCCAAGCUGCUGCUACGUCUUCCUGCUCUCAGAUCCAUUGGCCUUAAGUGUCUAGAGCACCUGUUUUUCUUCAAGCUCAUCGGUGACACCCCCAUCGACACCUUCCUCAUGGAGAUGCUCGAGGCGCCCCACCAGCUGGCCUGAGCCCAGACACAGACGUGGUGCUUCCCGCACUUGAGGAGUGCACAUCCGAGGGGGACGCCAAGCCUUGGGGCAGGGUGGGGAGGGCCGUGUGCCUGGAGUCUUGGUGGGGUGAGGACUAGGGAGCAGGACUGAGACCUCCAGGGGAUCCAUCAACCCUCCAAGGGGUUUGCUUGAUAUCCCAAGUCAGAGGGGACCCCAGGCCCUAUGAGAGCUGGACCUCUUCCUUCAGUGGCCUCGGGCCUCUGAAUUGGUCUGGGUCUGCCAUGACUUGGGGUGAGUUCCCACCCCGCCUGGAAUGAUCUUCCCCAGCACAAAGCACUGGCCUCCUCCCAGGGCCUUGCUUCCUGUUCAUCUUGCCUCACUUAGCUCCCUGUCUGGAGAGUGGAUAUGGGAACUCUCCCAGAGAUGGAUAUUGGGGGGCAGGCCCCCCAAAGUGAUGGACAUGGGAGUAGGGCUCUGACAGGCCUUCCUCUAACCAAGCCUAGCAGCUCGGGGCUACUCUGUCACUGCCCCCUGUCCGGAGUCACCUCUCGCACGUCACCUCCUGCAGUCAGACUGAGAAAUAAGGUGGUGGUGGUGAAGGGGUGGGUAGAGAUGUAGGAGCCCAUCUGCUAUUUUUAAUUUCCUCUGAGGAUAGAGAUUUACAGUUAGACUCAAAGAAGUACUGUACUUCCCCAGGUUGACUAAGAUGCCAGUGGUGGAGGUGGAAUGUGGGAAAGGCAGGGCCCCAAGACGGUGGCCCUGGGGCUCUUGAAGCCCUGGCCCUCUCAAGCCCUCGCCCAUCUCUUCCCUUCUGACUGACAGGGACGGGGCCUGGGCUGCGAUGGCAGGGCUUCCCUAGCCCUGGGCCAGGCGGGUGUUGAGGGGAGGUGGCCGGCCUGCAGAGAUGGGGUGCGGGCCUGCAGAGAUGGGGUGCCGGCCUGCAGAGAUGGGGCGCCGGGGCUGCAUGAUUUUUCCCUGCAGCUCUUCUCUCU